AUGAAGCUCAUUGGCUUAAGCCGGAUGGGCUGCGCAACCGCCUCCCAAGACAAUGCAUCAUGCUCCAACUUGCUAAGCAACGCUAAGCAACUUGCCAAGCUGCUACCUGGCUGCUACUGGCAACCAGCAUAGAGCAAAGUGGCCGAGCUCAGCUGAUUCAGCUAGCGACAGGCAAGCGACAACCACUGACAAGUUACAACCCUUUAGGAGAGGACGGGUUAAAGGAGGUGCAGUGUGUAGUAAUUUCAUCUGAAUAGAUUAAAAGUUAUUCUUUUAGGUUAAGUUGUUCAUAAUACGAUUUCAUUUUCAAAGAUGAAAAUUCUUUAAAUCCUUCUAAAAAUGGAUAGCAUAUUUUCUAGAGCCGAAUCGGCUCAUGAUAAAGAUGGUGGUGUAAAAUGUGGUUUGGAAUCUUUAGAGGUUAAAGACGAUCAGUCGUUGAGGAAUGAAGCAGUGGGAAGCCAAGAUAGUUUUAGCAGUGCCAAACUUGAAAAUGAUCCAGAAAGUUCUUUUGCCAGAUCGGAUUCUGAUCAAGACCAAUACAAUGAUGAUCAAGAUAAUGACAAUGACCAUGAUCACGAUCAGGAUCAAGAUAAUGAUGAAACUGGUGACACACACUUGAACAGAGCAGCUAGUGCCUUAGAAGAUAUUCUAAGUAAUACGAGUAGCUUUUCCAAACCAGCAGCAAGUACAAAAAGUGAUAUGAAAGACAACAGUGAAUCUAAUGACGCUUUCCAUGAGAGUAUAAUGCUCCCUAAAUCGUGCAGUAGUGACAAGAGAGACAAAAAGAAAGAAAUGAAAAGUCGGCGCGAAUUAGAAGAGGAAGAAAGAGAGAAGAUGCAAGUAUUAGUUUCAAACUUUACCGAAGAACAGUUGGAUAGAUAUGAAAUGUAUAGGCGAUCUGCAUUCCCCAAAGCAGCUAUAAAAAGACUCAUGCAAACUAUUACUGGAUGCUCUGUGUCUCAGAAUGUUGUGAUCGCUAUGUCUGGCAUAGCAAAGGUCUUCGUUGGAGAAAUAGUUGAAGAAGCCCUAGAUGUUAUGGAGACACAAGGAGAGUCUGGUCCAUUGCAGCCAAAACAUUUACGAGAAGCCAUUAGAAGAUUAAGGUUAAAGGGACAAAUUCCUAAUGGACGUCCUCAUAACAUUGAAUUUGUAGAGAAUGUUUGGAGAUUUUUCAAAGUGGCAGAAGAAAGGGGAAGUGGUAGAUGUUUGAGAAAUAGCCUCAGUUCAAGGUGUCGACAGAUUUUAUCUUCCUGUGGACUUCGCCCUCUUGGAGGCCAUUGGCCUUGAGAUAAAUAGCAUUCAAGUUAUCAAAGGAGGGUUUGUCUCAGUGCUGCAGGGUGUAGAAUUAAGAUGUCAUCUCACAAAGUUGUAUUUACUUUUGCUGUAAUCAUAUUAGUAGCUGCUUCUUAUUGUAAUGGAUGUGACACAAAUCAAACAAGACAAGGUUGCCGAAUUCAAAAUGGACAGUGUUUGUGUGGAAUCGGUUGCUAUUCAGAAUAUCGUUACUCAUCUAAAGAAGAAUGUCGAAAAGCAUUAAGAGGAAGACGCAAUGAUGCAUGCCAGAACAAUCCUUGUGAACAUGGUGGGUCCUGCAGCCAAACAUCCUUUGAACCUGGCUACAGGUGUCGCUGUGAGGGUACAGGAUAUUAUGGAACUCACUGCCACAUAGCAUGUCCAACCCGAGCAACUGUGGCCCGGACUGGUGAAGCUUUCCCCUAUGAAUGCAUUGUAAUAUGAUAUUUUAUCAAGAAAUUCUUAAUGAGUUUAUGAAGCCAAAAAAUAUUUAACAUUUAUUAAAUUUUUUGAUGAUAUUUUGUACUUUCAGAGUAAUACAAUUACUAGUCCCUAUUUUAUAAAAAUAAAUUGUUAAAAGAAAGUAAUUAGGACUAAACUACGAAGAUGAAUACCUGGCAUUAGUUUUUCUUUUCAUCUUUGUAAUAUUUAAAAUAUUUUGUACAAUCUAGAUAAUAUUUUUCUCAUAUUGAGUAUUUUCUGAUUUUAUUGUGUUUGUAUGAAACUAGUGUUUUUAAUAAACUUUUUAUUAAAUAAGUAUGAUUA